AUGAGUCUUCACACCAACUUCACCAAGGUGACCCGCAGGGGUGCCUAUUGCGACCUCUGCAACCGACGUAACCAGAGAGUCAUGCAAAAAUGCGUUGGCUGCGGCCUCUGCACUUGCACCACCUGCCACGAGGCCGGAAGAUACGACUCGAAUCACGACCUGGCAGCCCGAGCUGAUCUCGACUGGACGCCAGUUGGGGUCCCUGCAGCGUCCUGGGUGGCUGGUCAGACCUCGGGCGGUCAAGCUACUCCCCCAGCAAGCUCUACGGCACCACGUGGGAGCAGGGCCGUUGGUCGCAGCGCAGCGAACAACACAGGGCCCGGCCAGGCGUCUGGUUCUUUGCCCACGGCUGGCACAGUGCCGCAAGGCAGGCCACAGCUUCCUGGCGCUUUGUCUGGUCAGUCGAGGUCACCGCUAAUGGACGACGAUGGCAGAGGACUUGUGCGCGAGCCGAGAAGACAUGUCUUGGCCCCGCCUGCCGAUGGUGUGCCGCGCGGUGGACAACCAAUGUCUGAAGGAGGAAGUGGAAGAGGAGGAUUUCCGCGUGAGAGAAGAAACACCAUCUCAGAUCAGCCGAUUCGAUCCUCUGCAAGGUUGCGCGCCGACCAAACCAUUGCCGCCUAUUCGGACAGCGGCCCAGCAUCAUGUGGUGGCGUGGCAUUACCUCAGGCACAGAGUUUCGAACGCCAGGACCGGUUCAUGGUCCAUGAUGAGCUGAGGCGGCAAUGGACAACGAAUCCCGAUAUCCUGGCCACGAAGCAGAACGAGGGAGUUUCCGCCGCCUUUCAGCAACUGGAGUCGUCAGUGGCGCUUCAGGGUAUGCGAAGGCCGGCCGGUUGGAGAGCAGCAGCCAGACAGUGGCUGGGAUAUACUCGAGAAAGCGAGAGGCGGGCGGCAGAGAGAAACACCUGGCAACAGCAGCAGGCUCAGCCGUCAUCUCCUGCGACCAGCAGCGGUCAAGCUGGUGGCUCUCGUGGUGGCUCUCGUGGUGGCUCCCGUGGUGGCUCUUCUCAGCAACAGUCCACGCUCGUUGCACAACGUGAACAAGGUGAACAGGAUCUGGACUUCUCUCAGGAGCCCGGUGACUCUCGGGAUUCUCGCAACGCUAACUACCGCUGA